UGGUGGUGGGAGGUGUAGUGAGCCGACCACUGCGAAAAUUACUAAUUUUGUCAAGUGUGUGAAGAUGACUUAGUUGUAAAUUAUAAUGGUUAUAACCAUAACCAUGAUUUAUAAAGAGGUGGACCGGUAAGCCAGCGGAAGGCCUCGGUCAGAUUACCAAAAGCUCCAGCUGUGGGUUAUAUGACUAAGACCCGCGUCAGGAAACACUUGUCCUGUUUCCUGACAAACAUUAUACCAAGAUGACUUAGUUGGUGUACAGCUGUGAGAUGGGGAGUGUGAAGACCGAUCUUCCUUCUGCAUUUCGCUGUGAAAAUAGGAUUUGAGGGAAAGAAAGAGUUGAAGAAGGUGCCUAGUCCCUGGGUCUGGGUGAACUUGCUACGCUCCGGGCGACUCCAGCACGCCAUUUACUAAUGGAGCUAUAUAUUUGGGAGUCAUCCGCUUGCUAGGAGAGCAGGACAUCUGGCGAGGACAAGGCAGGACAGGUGGUCAAGAGGACGAUGUGGACGCUGGUCCUUCUUCCUGUGGUGUUCAGCGUAGGUGUCCGCAACAUAACAGUUGGCCAGGCCGAGGGUGAGACAGUGAUCGGGGUGUUCCUACAGUCCGACGGUCGAGCCAGCAGUCACACCUAUGUUGACAGUGGUCUCGGCGCUCUUCCUAGACUCACACAGUGGAGCUUGUGUGUGAGGUUCCAGCAGCUGCACGGUGGUCAACCAGCCACCAUCUUCAGCUACACCAACGGUACUGCCUUCGAGGAGCUCAACCUGGCUAUCAAGUGGCCGAGCGGGGAAGUGUUAGUGAUGUGCUGUAACUAUCACAUUCAUCAGUACAUCCAAGUACCUGUACACCUGUUCACCUGGCACCAUCUAUGUGUCGCCGCUCACCUGCCCAACGAUACACUGCACCUGGCCUUCGACAACAAGACAUGGCAGCUUGGAGCCAAGCGAGCUGAAUCUGAAACUACACCAGCAUCGGCCGCGGUGAGACCCAACGGCCGUUUCGUCUUAGGUCAAAACAUCAACCUUGACGCAGAGUGGGACGUGACUCAGGCCUUCCAUGGAUACCUGGCAGACUUCAGGCUGUACAACGUAGCUCUCCCGCUGGUUGACAUGCACGACUUUACCACAUGUCGAAGUAACCUCAGUGGUAUUGAUCCACUUCAUAGUUUUAGUGAGGAUAUGUCUUCGCUGAAGGUAAAUGGGGAGAGCCAGGUAGUUACGCUACGACUCUCGGAACUAUGUCGCGGAUUUGACAGGUACGUGAUGCUUUUACCAGAAAGAAAGACUUUCAGUGAAGCACUCGUCUCGUGUCAGAUGUUCACCGGCGGCCUUGCUGUUCCCAAAGACUCUGAAGAAAACAAAAGAAUUUUUGAUGAGUUUAUAAAGUUCAAUGAUAAGUGCAUACAAGGGUGGGCAAGUCUCUAUUGGCUGGGUUUGAAAAGUAACCUGAGCGAGAAGGUAUGGUUGUAUAUAGACGACAACACUCCUCUACGAUGGGGCAGUUGGCUGGAAGCUUGGAAUAUACCUUCCAAGCAAUACCCGUGUGCCACCGGCGCUGCUAUUAACUUUCCUUACCUAUGGUACAGUGCUGAUUGCAGCACCCUCACCUGCCCGCUGUGCACCUUCACCAUGCCGCCUACUCUUAGACUGCGGGGCCUGUGCCGGGAGUCCAAGUUUGACCGCACCUACACGCUUCACGGCUAUCAUAACGGCCGGCCUGUGUUUGAGGGAUAUUUUUUCAGUCGUAUAUUGUGGGGUAACGACACGUGGGUCCUGGAGAGCCGACGGGAGGAGGACGUGGAGGCCAGGAUGGUUGAGAAGAGACCAAAAGGCUACCCAACUGGCCUGACUUCUUGGCAGGCUGAGGGUGACAGCUGCGGACGACAGGUGGAGUACCUGUUAACUGCGUGUAGCGAGGGGGAUUUCACGUGCAGUGAUGGCUCCUGCGUCAGUGCAGCUCUCCGCUGUGACCAAGUGACCGACUGUGCUGACAGCAGUGAUGAGCUCAACUGUGAUGUGCUGCAGGUGCCGCAUGGUUACUCUCGGGAGCUCUCACCACCCACACUACACAAGCAACCUUUCAAGAUAAUUCUGCGCCUCGAGGUCACCUCAGUGCGGGUGUUUGAUCUGGUUGCUUUUACCAUGCAGUUGGACGUCUUGCAGAGUGUAACCUGGCGCGACGCUAGGCUCACCUUUUCCAACCUCCUGCCAGGAGACUUUAACAAUCAGGCUAAGGUGUCUGAGAGUAUCUGGCUACCCAUCAUCAUGAUCAAGGACAGUGCUCGGAGUCCCACAGACGUGGUCAUGAGGCGUCAGGGUCUUCUUAUCAACCGUGAAGCUUCGCCCCUUGCUGACGAUGACACCAGGCCCAGGGAAGACAAGCUGUAUAGCGGGGCAGAGCAGAGUAUCAGACUGGAGCAGCAAUACACAGUGAGCUUCAUGUGUAGGUUCAGACUGCAGAUGUAUCCCUUCGACAUCCAACAGUGUCUACUGGAUUAUUCCGUCACCAACAUGCAGGACAGGUUCAUCUUUGUCAAGGGUGGUGUCAACUUCACCGGGGAGAGAAGGCUACUGGAGUACAAAUGUGUCGGAGAGCAGAUGAUGGGUCCUGACAACCAGCCAGGUGACAUCCAGAUGGUGCUGGAGUUUCGAAACCAGUAUGGAUAUUACAUUGGUAAUGCCGUGGUGCCCAGUCUGCUGAUGGUGGUCAUCUGCUACCUCGCUCUCUUCUUUGACCUCCACGACUUCCAGGACCGCAUCAUGGUAUCGCUGACGUCACUGCUGGUAUUGGCUCAGUUGUUCAACCAGACAAGUCAGAUCAUACCCAAGACGUCUUACCUCAAACACAUCGACGUGUGGUACAUCUGCCUUAUCUCCACGGACUUCAUCAUCAUCCUUGUUCUUGUCGCUAUUGAGAACUUCCGUCUGAGAGCCAUAGCACUGCAGGACGAGUCUCGACCGACACACAGACGGUUGCAAGUUGCCCCAGUAUACACUAAGAGUAAGGCUAACAGCAUCAGAGACAGCCAAGUUCCUCCAACUAAGAGUAAGUCUCUCAAAAGUAGCCUUCAGACCCAUGAACUUCUUAAUAAAAUCUCUCUCGUCCUCAUUCCUGUUGUCUCUGUUUUGUUCGUCUUGAUCUUCUUCUUGGUUGCCUUUCUUAACUUUUAUUCCUAGAGUUGAUUAGGAAUUUUCAAGAGACAAAUGGAGCUAUAUGGAACCUUUAUUGGCAACGAUUUGCACAUAAUGACCUUAUAAAGUGAUUCCUAAAUGGCUACAAAUCUAGUAACGUAUUGGGUCAUAGCUCUUCUGGAACAAGAAAUUUCCACUUGUAUACAAGAUGCCUCAUGAUUCACGUUUUUCAUUGGCACUAGUUGUAUAUAGAUAUAUUGUAAACUUGGACUGUAAUUCGCCAUAGUCUGUGAUACCUCCUAGGCACAAUUAUAAUAAUGCUUUGUCUACUUAUUUUUUAAGGAGCACAUAGCUUUCAUUUUCAAAGAUUCCUUCAUCACUAAUACUCACACUAGCAACCCUUCUCUCCGAAAGAACCAUAUUUAAUACAGAUUCUCUUGUCUUGAUAACUACGACUGAUUUAUUACACCAUCUGUCGCUGGUCUUGUGCGGCACAGAGGUAAUUGGUUCUUGUUCCUGACUUGAAUAUGUGAUAUGAAUUUUUUUAGGGCUUUUACAAUGAUGAGGUGGAUGACUGUGAUUUUCAGGAGCUCUGAGAACCACCAGGUGUAUUUUUAAGUGGAUGCAUAAUGGUACCUUCUUUCCUUUUCUCCUGAUGUGUUUUGUGUUGGGGUAGGUAUUAGUUUCUUUCUCCUGAUCUUUGUGGUGGCUUCCUGGACUAGCCGUGGGUGCUGCGAGUGACGGGGCUAAAUAGAAAUCGUAUAAAAUACUGACAAGAUGGAAAGACAGAGAAAAUGCAUUAUGAGAACUUUUAUUGACUAAUGUCUCGCCUACACAGUGGGCUUUAUUAAGUAAGAAACAAGUAAUAUGUUUGUGAUGUGAUAAAGUUCACUAUGUGGAUGAAAUGUAAACAGUAAAGGAUCUCAUAAUUUUCCAGUGACAAGGCUCUUCAUUCUGCUACAGCGACUGCAGCUGCUGCUGCUGACAUUGGUGCAGUCGUGCAGGUGUUUUGACAAGUUGUGGUGAUGAACUCGUUGACAGUGGUGGCACACUUCAAUUUCUACCUAGGCUUCUGUAAGUUGAAGCAACUAUAACAUUCUCCCCUUCAUACUUGCACCUACCCACCACACCUCACCCUAUCAACUUAAGCACCCUCUUGUCGUGCAGUAUUGAGGUACCCCUUUGCGUUUAGCGCUUUUAACAUUUCUUGGUAUACUCUCCACACUAGAGUUCCUCUUGCAUGGGUUCUCAGUCGAAAGAUUGUUUGUUUUGGGCUUCUCUUAAGACUAGGCUUGUUCUGCCUUAUGUUCCUUCUAUUGUUGGAGUAACCUACGGUGUAAUGUUCCUCAUAGACUAAUUAAUCUUAGAUUUGGAAUAUUUUUUUUUUGUUUGGGAUUCAUCCUCAGACUUGGGUAGGAUACCAUUUAGGCUAUAAGAGAUAAGAUUUUAUUCGGAUUUUUAACCCUGGAGGGUUAGCCACCCAGGAUAACCCAAAUAAGGCAGUGCAUCAUCGAGGACUGAUUUUCAUUGGGGUCCUCAGUCUUGCCCUCCAGGAUGCGACCCACACCAGUCGACUAACACCCAGGUACCUACUUGCUUGCCAGGUAAACAGGACAACUGGUGUAAGGAAACACACCCAGUGUUUAGUAUCUUGAGUGUUAUGGGCCUCUUAGAAGUAUCUCUCGCUUCUAGAAUUCUAGGAAGGGUUGAGGUAUAACUCCUUGAAUCUUUGGAGAUAGUUGAACUGCAGCUUCUCUGCAUCUUGGAGCUUUGAGGUACAGCUCAUAAGCCUCUUUCUCAAACUGAGAUACUACGUGGGUCUAGGGCAUUGGAAUAUGGGGUAUCUCUUGGAUCCCACAGUGACACACAUUUAGUUACCUACACCCAUCAUGGGGUAGGGUGUCUUGAUACCAAAGAAGAGCUCCUGAUUGAAGGAAUGUGAGCUACCCUACCCUUGGAUCAAACCUAAUUACCUCCUAUUCCCUAGGUGCUGUAUGAUUCCCUCAGGUUUAGCAUUUUGAUAAUCUUGGGGUCUAUACAGUGAGUAUUUUUAACAUGAAUGAAGUUGCCGAGUCACAGCAAAAUAUCAUUAGUUCGGAUACAUCUUAUGAAGAAUGAGUUACAAUCCUGUGGCUGGAAUAAUUAACAUACCAAACUUUAGGAUAGGAACCUUUAGAUGACUCUUAGUUUCUCGUAUCCCAUACUUCCUAUUAGAUUUCUUCCAUAAAUACAUAACAUAAUAGCAUCUGUAUAUGCUCCUUGUGAAACUGCAUUCCUAUAAGCAAAGUAAAAAUGUUUACAUAAAUUAGCUCUUCAAAGGAAAUUUCCAAGAGCUGGGAAUCAGACAAAAGUGAGAUCAUUCGUAAAAACUGUUGGAUAAAAAAACUGGCUCUUUUCAUGAGAACUGGGGACUAGACUAUAGUAAGACCAUUUUUAAAUAAAUUAUAAUUGAAUACAUUAUAAUUAUAUGAGGAAAAUCAGACCUUGCCUGAGAGCUGGAUACUAGUAAAAACAAGAUCAUUUAUGAUUUCAUACUUGUGACUAGGUUUGUCCUUGAUGCUGAUGAGGGUUUUCGAUACAAAAAGUUUGACCUGAACUUCCCUUCCAUGGAUCAAACCAGAUUAACUAACAUUUCCUCAGGCACUGUAAUAAUGGUGUUGCUAGUUUUCUGCACCUCGCAUAACCAUUGCAUCCUGGCUGAUUAGGAACUUGGAGAUAAUGAUUCAGUUUCCUCUUAAAAACUUCGACCUUUGUACUAACAAUAUUUCUUAUGUUUACUCAGACUGUGCACAUACCACCAUUGCUCUUCACUGGGUUUAAUUCACCCUUCCUACCCCCGUGUUUCACACCAGCAAGUUAUGAUAAUGUGGUAUCUUUCAUGUAUUGUAUGUAUUAUAAGGUAUAUUUUUAAGUGCUUAGAGACAUUCCUAGGAAUUUUUUUUUUGUGCUGGUAAUAAACUACAUCUAUACAUUUUUCAGCUUUGUUGUUAUUUGUGCUUUGAAAGGCACUGAGAGCCCCAAAUGGUUUAGUGCUUUAUUUGAUUAAAAUAAUUACUUAUUGAAAGGCUUAAGUGAUAAGUAUGUGCAGUUUUUUGUCUUCUAUUAAACUGACAUUUAUUUAUUUUUUGAGUUAUUUGCAAAGGAUGAUACAAAGCUGGUACUUUUUUAUUAUGUGGUAGUUUUGAAGUAAUAAGCAUGUACUGUAUUGUCACAUUAGCAGUAUACUGUAUGGUGGAUAGUAAUACAUAAAAUGCAUAACUUAAAUAGUAUUUAUUUAAGCUCCAGGGUACUGCGUGUAAAAAUAAUAAAUCUCACACUUACACGUUAGUUGCCAACUUUGUAUUUACAAUGACAAACAUAGGUGAUCACCGGCUCGGAAUUACAAAUAAUAGGAUUCACUAUACACAAAGUCCUAUCACUGAAAACAACACCUAGAAUUAACACCAUGACUAAGACAUUUACAGUGUAAACCAGAAUUUGUUUCUGUAAAUGAAGAGGUUAUUCUUUGGAGCUCUUCACUAUGGAAUAUAAAUCUGAAUAUGCUUUCGCUAAGUUGUACGAUAUCUACUGGACAAAAUGACUGAAGAACAAAACAUUGGUAUUGUUACUAAUGUUUAAUAGCCAGUAUUUGUGUUGUACACCAUAUAAACCCCUGACUUGCAAUUUCAGGGAAUAGACUGUUGUAUUUGUGUUGAUGUCUGUGACACUGCCAAUAUUAAAAAUGUUUUACUUUAAAAUUUAAAAUAAUUUUUUUUGGUCUUAAAACUCAUAAAAUUGUCAAAAUAAAUAUACUGUGUUUAUGUACAUAUGUACAUUUUGUGUAUGUUGUGCUGAAUAAGACAAAUUGGCAAUCUUGCCUAAAAAGCAGACUGAAAAUUUGUUUGGUCAAUAAAUCCAGGAAAAUUAGUCUGAACCUAACAAAAAAAAAAAAAAUAAUAUAUAUAUAUAUAUAUAUAUAUGUAUAUAUAUACAUUAUAUAUGUAUAUAUAUACAUAUAUAUAUACACAUAUAUAUAUACAUAUGUAUAUAUAUACAUAUACAAUAAAAUCACAGUAAACAGGUGAUAUCACAAUAUGCAGAACAACCACUGUAAAAGAAUAGCAAAAUUCCAAGCUCUUUCAUGACUUCUCAGAUUAUCAAGGAACUGUAAAAGCAUAACAUCAACAGGAAGGCAUAUAAGGCCAAGACUACACUUCACAGCAGCGUUACAACACCCGACUCUGUGAAACACAACUGAUACUGUACCCAAGCAUUAAAAUUUUUUUACUUGUUUCAUGUAUCAUUAAAUUCUUCCCAAAUUUUAUUAAUUAUAAAUGAAUCCAAUUUAUAUAAACCAAAAGAAAUAUAAAUAUUUUCA